AGUGUCCUUGGUCUGAACGCCGCCUCUGACGCCAUCAAUAGUCGACAAACCGGGAAGUAAAGGGACGCGAAGGCGCAUGCGCACAACGAACUGAUUAAUAUUGAAGGCUCAUGGCGGAAACUGGCGGCGGUUCCAAAUCAAAACGUCGAACACCUGUGCCAAACAGCCAAGUACGACAUUCUUCUCUCCCUGGAAGCUUAAAAAAACUGCUUUGACAUAUCACGGAAGAGAUUUGGCGAUGAAGGGCUUGACGGAAUUCCACUCGCAGCUUGCCGCAAUCAUGGAGGCUCUGACCCGGGCCGCCGUGGCGGAGAUCAGCCACCUGGUAGACGAAAGCUACGCCGUCCUUCAACUGGAGAUAAGCCGCAGUCGCCAGGAGAACGAGGCCCUGAGAAGGAAGCUGGACCAAAUCGAGACCAUCGUCGCUCGGGGUCACGGCGGUGGGGGGUUCGCCGUGCUGGAGCCCGGCAGCCAGGAGGACCCCUCUGGGGUAACCCGGGACUCAACUACCCUGUGUGUACCAUCAUUAAAAGUCGCCAAUUCACAAAGCGGUGGGAGGAGAAGGGAGCCAGGCUUGUCAUCCGCACCAGCAGCAGAGGCGAGUGAAGGGGAUAUUGUGAUCAAACAGGAAGUCGCCAACUACUCCCCUGGCCAGCUGCUUGUCGAUGAGUGUGGAGUGGUGCUGCAGCCAUCGGCAGAUGACACUCAAGGAGGGCCCUGUGGCACAUCCACUACCCCCUCAGCUGAUCUGAAGCCUUGGGAAAAAAGUGAGACACACCGGGUCGAGCCUCACAAUUCUGUCAGUGUUCCGGGGUCUCCGAGUCUUGCAGGUGUCGCCGGGGACGUCUCAGACAUGUUUGAUUUGCCCUCAGAGUCAGACGAGGAAGUCUUGUCUGCAGCGGCAAGGAAAGUAUCGGUCUUAGCACCAAGAGGUCUAACCACCGGCGAACUGAACCAGGCUGACUCUCUUCCCGGCUCACGGCCCGACACCAACGAGGUGGACCUCAGCUCUCUGUGGGCCAAUCAGAGCCUGGCGAGCAUGCUGGCCAUCUCUCACAGGCAGCAUCUGGAGCCGGACCACCGGCCGAUUACGUUGGAAAAAAUGUCUGACUUGACCACAGCUUUUCCUUUAGCGCUGGGCCUGGCGGCGCACAGGCUGGAGGCUCGGGACCAGAACCACCACAGCAGGGACAGGCGCUUUGUCUGCAAAUACUGUGGCAAAUGCUUCACAUCCUCGCGCAGCCUCGAGACACAUGUGCGCGUUCACACUGGCGAGCGUCCGUACAGCUGCAGUCAGUGCGGGAAGCGCUUCACACAGUCGGGCCACCUGAAGACCCACCAGAGUGUCCACACGGGUGAGAGACCCUUCGGCUGCCAGCACUGCACCAAGAGGUUUGCUGGCAAACAGAACCUCCGCAUCCACCUGCAGAAACACCACCCUGCAGAGCCAGCACACCCCACCCCCCUCCACCUGCAGGAAGGCUGGCCGUUUGCAUCACCGAGGCUGGAAGGGUGAGUCUCCUUCCUGGGGCGACUCGCCAAAAUAAAUGUACUGACGCUUCUGUGUGAAACCUGAACUCUGUGAAGGAACACUUGAACUUAUUG